AUGCCCGUUCAGACUAGUCCACCGUCAGUACCGGAUUCAUUCCCAUCCUUUAUGUCAGUGUUUGGUGGGAGACCACUUAGCAUUGCCGACAGAGAGGAGCAGACGACAGGAAUAAACCCUCUCGACGUGCCCACUAAUGUCACCGUUAACACGUCGCGACGCCCUCUACCUUUUAAGCACCGUGAGAGCAUCUCGUCGAUGACAUCAGCGUCUACUGAUUCGUCGCCGACCACCACCAUUUCCACCUUCGAUUCGCCUUCUGGCCCAGAGACAUCUCCCAGCUCUUCCCCGGAAUCUCCGACGUCCAUGCCACUGUCGUAUACCAAAUUCAUGCCACCCCCGCGCAAUGUCGAGAGCCACUCGCUCUCGACAGCCCAUAACAACCUUUCCAAAUUGUCGUCCGACACACCGAAUCCCGUGCGCCCAGACUCUCCUGGCAGGCGGGCACGAAACCUGAAAAAUUUAUCCUUGAGAAUGCCUCCACCCUCGCAGUCUUCCCGGCCGCCAAUCGCGACAGCAUCCAUUGUUGAAACAACCUCUCAACAUCAUCUGUCCGCGCCACCAUCGCCGGUACACAUCCCUCCCAAAAGCACACGCCGAAAACCGGCAAAUCUCACCAUUCGGACUCCCGGCUUUGAUAGAUCGUUUUCUAGCAAUAUCUCUGAAGUUCCUCCUACCCCACUCGGCCGGCAACCUCGACGGCCAUCGGCUUCGGAGGAUAACCCGUCACCUUUGCAGCCAGUCCCCGAUGAAAACUCAGUUUCUGGCAGUGUGCUCCAUGAAUUGGAUGAGGAGGAUGAUCACCUAGACUCGAGAGAGUCCACUAGACGCAAUGAGCGGGGCUACCCGAAUGGGCCUAUCCAAAUCUACGACUCCGGAGUCUACUUGUACUUGGAACCGACAGUACAAGAAGCGUCGCAGUUUGAUGUUGUCGUCAACGUGGCCAAGGAAGUAGUAAAUCCAUUCACCAACACAAACACCAACAACGGAUCUGUCAUGAGUGUCCUUCGGAAUGCGUCUACAAAUCCCAAGGCGGUGCCGACCGAAGUUCCAGAAACAGCCAUGUCAGACAUUUCCUUUAAGUCCGCCUUUGAGUACCCCCCGAAUGAGUCACUGCCUCCCACACCUCGCAACGACGCAUCCAAGCCCGAAUACAUCCAUGUGGGCUGGGACCACAACUCAGAAAUACUCGAAGAUCUCUACCCCCUCUGCGAGCUCAUCGAUUCGCGCAUUUCACAGGGGAAAAAGGUCCUUGUUCACUGUCAGCUGGGUGCCAGCCGAUCCGCUUCGCUGGUCAUCGCAUAUGGUUUAUACAAAAACCGGCAUCUGGAUUUCAACUCCAUGUACGAGAUUGUCAAGGGGAGGAGUCAAUGGGUGGGCCCUAAUAUGAGCCUUAUCUACCAAUUGACGGAUUUCCGUUCGCGGUUGCUCCAGGGUGGCCCUUCAAAACCGGCGCCUGAGGAGUGGUUUGCGGAAGGACUUCGGAGGGGCUCUGAACCGCAACCCUCUCGAACGGAGGCGAUGAGCCAGCCCGAAAUCGUGACUCCAGCUCUACCGGCUUCAUGCGCUGGUUUGUCGCAGUCUUCGACGAGCUCACUCUCGGUGCCUUCGACAAACCAGACUACGCCUACUUCUGCUGAAAGUCUAAGUUUUCCUAAAACCCCUUCGCAUAAGCGAAGCUUAUCCCCGCGGCCAUUAACCCUGCGGAAAUCAAGCUUCCAAGUCGGCGACUCGGCAGUACGAUCGAUCCGUCCAGAGUCCUUAUUGAAUUCAUGGCGUUCGGAGAGCGGGCCUUACUCCUUAGCAAAGACCGACAUCUUCAUGCGGGAUGGCCCGGCAGAACCACCUGCUCUCUUUUCACCUAGAACGACUGGUUUUCUAGCGGCACCGAUGUCACAGUCAAUCUCUAGUCAACUGGAGAAUAAUGGGCUGCACGGCUUCCGGUUCGGGUCGCGGAUAGCGGAUCCUAGGUCUCCUCCCCCAGGAAACGAGCGCCUGAUCAUGAGAAAUAUUGACGAAUUCUUAUAA